AUGGCAACUGAACAACCAAUAGUCGCGACGGAGCCGACCACCAAAGGAGCCGCAAAGGCAACUAAAUUUAAGAAAGCUAAGAAGCCAUCUGCUCCCAUGACGAAGGAUGCUCCUUUGCAUCCUCAAUACUUUGAGAUGAUUAAGGACACCAUCGUUUCGUUAAAGGAGAGGAACAGUUCGAGUGUGCAAGCAAUCUCAAAAUUCAUUGAAGAGAAAUACAAGAAUAUUCCAGCGAAUUACAAGAAAUUGUUGCUCAAUAGACGGAAUAAGGAGACCGCCGCCGGUAAACUCGUGAAGAAGCCGAAGACUGCUGUGAAGAAGCCUGCUGCUAAGAAAGCACCGACGAAGAAAAAGGUUGCCGCUUCCGCCCCGAAAGCCAAAGCUCCAGCUAAACUGAAAGCCAAAGCUAAAGCCAAAGCUCCGGCUGCCAAGGCAAAGGAAGCUCUGGUUCAAAAGGCUAAGCCAUUUGCUAAGCCUAAAGCAGCUUCGGCUCCCAAGGCUAAUCCAACUGCUAAAUCUAAAGCAGCCGCAAAGCCGAAGACUCCAACGAAACCAGUAGCAAAAUCCGCGAAGACAUCUACUAGAUCCACGCCGGGAAGAACCGCUGCGGCCCCAAAGUCCGCAUCGAUACCUGCCGUGAAGAAGACGCCAGCCAAGAAGCCAGCUGUGCCGAAAAAGCAGCGACAUAGAAAGGGAAGAAAUGAACGUGAGUGUUGA